AUGUCUGUGCCUUACAAAAAAAUCAGAACUUCUAAUAUUUAUAAAGAAGAAACUAGUUUAAGCUUAGACUCUUCUAAGAGCUUGUUAGAACAAACUAAAGUUCAAGUUUUAAAUAGCCAGAAACCAAAAACUUUAUCAACACAAAAAGCACAAGAAGCAUAUAUAGUAAUAGACUUAAAAGUUAGCAAAGCACUAAACAAAGAAAAUACUGAUCUCGAAAAAAAUGAUGAUGCUUUGUUUAUAUCUGCUAACAACAUGUACACAGAGUUAGAAGACUUUAGUGCAGAUAACCCUUAUAUUAAAAAUAAUAAUAACUUAGAUGCUAACAAUGUUAAUGAGCAAACCUCAGUAGAUAUGAAUCUGGAUAGUCAUAUCAAAAUAAAUCAGUCUCAGAUUAAAACUGAGACAGCUGAAAAAGAAUCAACCAAAGAUACUUCAAAGAAACUAAACAAUUCUUUAUUGGAAAAUCAUAUCAUAGAUACCAACAUAAUAGUAGAUCUACUGACUACUCUUUAUGAUAACUCCAAGGUUGCUAAAUCCUCUUUCCAAUUGGUGAUGUCAAAGAAAAAACACAAAAGUAAAGCAAAAGUAUCAAAUGCAGAAAGAAACAAAGUUAUGAGUCUAAAUCCUAAAAAGAAUCCUGGUCUCAGAACCAAAAGAUCUUAA